AUGUUGAUAAGUAAUUUCUAUUUGCAUUCAUUAUUUUGAAUCUCUCAGUGCCCUCAUCAUUGCAUGUCCUUCUGUCAUUAUAUUUGCUAUUAUAGCUAGCUUGAUAAUAUAAAAUUAUGAAAUUAACAUUUAAAAGACAAAACAAUGGCAAAAUAAUAAUGCAGUUUAUUUGAUAGAGAUGAUCCUGGAAAGUUUCAGAACAAAAUGGAGGACGGGAUAAGCAAUCAAAGGAGCCUCUAAAAAUGUGCACUUUAUAGAAAUGUGCACUUUGGGAUCCAAGCCAAUAUUUUCAAGAAAAAUAAUGUGUUCCUAAGGUUUCUUCAAGGAAAAGGCAACUUGCCAAACCCAUCUUUGUGUGCAUAUGCUUUAAAGCUUGUUUGAAGCUCAUUUCUCUGCCUCAAAGAAUUCUGGGUACUGUAGUUAAACCCUCAAAGAGGUACAAUUACCAGCAAACCUUAACAAACUACAGUGCCCAGAAUUCUCUGAAGGGAAAAUGUGCGCUGAAUGUGCACAAUGUCUAGUGUGUAUACAGACAUGCUUUAGCAUCUUCCCUCUGCAAAGGGAUUUCUUCUGGAAAGGGUUUUCGGAGUGUAGGGCUACAGGUAGGCGGACAGGAAGAGAAAGAUGAGUUGGGCAAGUUGCUUUUUGGAUACAAUAGAACAUACUUUCCAUAUCAUACUAAAAUAUGUGAAUAUUUAACAUUUAUUCACAGGACCCUACUUGUAUGAACUCAACUUUCAAAGCAGCUCUUCAAAUAGCAGGACUUAUGUUACAUGUAGGGAUGCGGGUGGCGCUGUGGUGUAAACCACUGAGCCUAGGGCUUGCUGGUCGGAAGGUCAGCGGUUCGAAUCCCUGUGACAGGGUGAGCUCCCAGUGCUCAGCACCAGCUCCUGCCAACCUAGCAGUUCGAAAGCACACCAGUGCAAGUAGAAAAAUAAGUACUGCUCCGGCGGGAAGGUAAACAGUGUUUCCGUGCGCUGCUCUGGUUUCGCUGGCUUAGUCAUGGUGGCCACAUGACCCGGAAAAACUGUCUGCGGACAAACAUUGGCUCCCUCGGCCAGUAAAGCAAGAUGAGCGUCGCAACCCCAGAGUUGUUUGCGACUAGACUUAACUGUCAGGGGUCCUUUACCUUUACCUUUUUAUGUUAGAUGUAGUUUUCAAAGCUGCUUCUCUCCAACUCUUUCUGUCUUUUCUUCUUUCUUCUUCUUUUAGGCAUGGCUAAUCCAAGUUCAUCGUUGUUAGAUGAAGCUGUGCAGCAAAUAGCAGAACAACAACAUGCCCAAGCCUCUGAAAUAGAAAGCAACAAGGCUGUCCUUAUUAGGUUGCAGGUAAUAUGACUUUUGGGACGUGGGUGGCACUGUGGGUUAAACCACAGAGCCUAGGACUUGCCGAUCAGAAGGUUGGUGGUUCGAAUCCCCGUGACGGGGUGAGCUCCCGUUGCUCGGUCCCUGCUCCUGCCAACCUAGCAGUUCGAAAGCCCGCCAGUGCAAGUAGAUAAAUAGGUACCGAUCCGGAGGGAAGGUAAACGGCGUUUCCGUGCGCUGCUCUGGUUCGCCAGAAGCGGCUUAGUCAUGCUGGCCACAUGACCCGGAAGCUGUACGCCGGCUCCCUUGGCCAAUAAAGCGAGAUGAGCGCCGCAACCCCAGAGUCAGUCAUGACUGGACCUAAUGGUCAUGGGCCCCUUUACCUAAUACUGUAUGACUUUUAGAAAAUAACACUUGCACAAAAGGAAAUGCCAUCCUGAAUCUCUGCUCAGUUUCAGUUCAAAUAUAUGGCUUAGUCAAGAAUUGUCCAAGAGGGCAGUUUUUAGGACUCAUCCAAUUGAAAUUACAGAAAUAGUACCUCGGGUUAAGAACUUUGCUUCAGGAUGAGAACAGAAAUCAUGCUCUGGCGGCGCGGCAGCAGCGGGAGGCCCCAUUAGCUAAAGUGGUGCUUCAGGUUAAGAACGGACAUCCGGAACGAAUUAAGUACGUAACCAGAGGUACCACUGUAGUUCUGUAUGACCAAACGCACUUUGAUCUGGUUGAGUCAAACCCAACCAUAAAUAUGGAAUGAAUGUAAGCUCGUAAGAAGAGCCGCCUGGAUCAGCCCAGCAUCCUGUUCUCAAAGUGGCCAAGCAGAUGUCCUUAGGAAGCAUGCAUGCAAGGCCCAAGGCUCAGGGCCGUCUUUAGCAGAUGCAACGCCGGAGUGCAGAUAUCCGCCCAGUACCCCCAAAUUACCACGGAUAGUGUUGGGGUGGCUGUGGCUGCGCACUGCCAGCCAUCGGGGGGGGGCUCUCCCCCAUGCCGCUGUAGGAGAGCGAUCCCCGCAGAGGCUUGGGAGUGAAGUUGCGCCCCUCCCAAGCCUCCACGGAAGGAGAGCGCAGCUUCCCUCCGAAGCCUCCCCAGGAGGAGAGCGAUCCCCGCAGAGGCUUGGAAGGAAAGCUGCAUGUCUGCCAGCCUUAUGGUUGGCGGGGCGCAGCUGGCAGGCAUGCAAGGAAAGGGGAGGCCACUGGCAAAGCCGCGUAGCUCCCCCACUUGCUGGGGCACCCCUGAGAGACCUGCGCCCUGGCGCGACGCACCACUAAGCCCUAUGGGAAAGACGGCUCUGCCAAGGCUAUAUAGCACUACAGCAUUUACCUCUUUCCAGUUGUCUGUACCGUAUGGAGGAGGAUUUUAGGGACAAGUUACAUAUUUUUUUCUUAGAAGAGCAGCAAUUUCACAUUCGAGUUCUUUAAGAAUUACUGGGUGGAUUGUUACUUGGACCCACCAACCUGUCAGUUUUAUCUUGCCAUUAAGGCCUGGAACCUCAUCUCUUGUCAACACUAUUUGCCCCAGUUCCUUGGACUCUCUCUCUUCCUGCGUACAUUAGUUCAGGCACAAGGAUAUGUCCUAUGUCUUCUGCCCUAAAGACAAGUGGGAAAAGUCGUAUGAUUUCCUGCAGUCUCCUUGCCCCAGCACCCUAGAAGAAGACUUGAAAUACAGCAAAUUGGUGGAAAGUUUUUAUUUAUUAAAAUAAUAACAAUUAGAUGAUCUGCAGUAUAAAAGUCAAUUCGAACAAGUGUGGGCAGGUGAAGAUAGUUUUUUCUCCUAUCGGCAUGUGUGCACACACAUUUUGUGGCUUCUGAGCCAAGGGCUGGAAUAAAUUACCUUCCUUGCUGUUCUAGAGUCAUUUAGGCUACCUACAAAAGAAGUCCGUCAUGUGGUAGGGGAGGGGAGGCAGAUGCUGUUUGAGGAAGACAAUUCCAAGCUUCGCAUGAAUGUACAGAACUAUUCAUGUUGAUCGGGUAUUGUGACAUCACAGAUCAUUUUAAUCAGGAAAAGCCAACAGCAAAACGAUAAAAUUAUUGUCUUCAAUUUAAUAAAUUGGAAAGCCAAAUUUCUAGAUAAAUCAGAGUCAUACGUACUUUGUACAGUGCUAUAAAUUUUUAUACUACUAAUUAUAAUGCUUUCACAAUUUUGUUUUCUUUUAAAUAAAUGAAAAUAGCUAGUUAACUAAACCUCAAGCAAUUACACCAUUGUAUAAAUAAUUUAAUGCUAUCCACCAAAAGUGUUAACUUUUCACUGUAUAUUACUAUAUUUUCCCAUAGACUCAGCUGCAGGAUCUUGAGGCACAAAUGAAACUUGUUAUGGCGGACAGAAAGGCAACAGAAAGGCAAAUGUAUCAUCAAGAUGAAGCCAUAAUAAGUACAAAAGAUCACUGUGAAAAUCUGGAGGUUCAGAUCACAGCCUUGUAUGUUGAGAAUCUAAAGCUUGCAUUUGAUACGGAAACACUGCAAGAAGAGUAUAAACUGAUGCUUCAAAGAAACAGUGCCUACUAUGCAAAAAUGGCUGCUCAUAGAGACCACUUUGUGGAGGCAGAAAACAAAUUGCCACUCAUGACUGAGCUCACUAAGAAAAAAGCUGCGGUCAAAGAGAUGAUUACAAACAAGGAGGAAUUAAUGUCUGUUCUACAGAAUCCAGAAGUACCGGUAAAUACUACUAACCAAUCUCAGGUCCAAUUAAUUGGCUUUCUCACCUUAUCUUCUAUGUAAAAUUGUGUUUUCUUUAUGUAUCUGACUGGGACCUAGCCUAAUACUUUGUUCACAAGGAGAUAAGUGCUGUUACUCACCAUUGUCUACAUUUGUGACCAGAUGUGGUUGCAACAAUUCUCCUUGUCAUCUGGGGGAGCGCAUUCCACAGGGUGGGUGCUACUACUGAGAAGGCCCUCUGCCUCAUCCCCUGUAACUUUACACAGUGAGGGAGCCACCAGAAAGCCCUGGGAGCUGGACCUCAGUGUCCGGGCUGGAGGAUGGAGGUGGAGACAUUCCUUCAGGUCUACAGGGCCGAGGCCAUUUAGGGCUUUAAAGGUCAGCACCAACACUUUGAAUUGUGCUCAGAAACGUACUGGGAGCCAGCGUAGGUCUUUCAGGACUGGAAUUAUAUGGUCCUGGCAACCGCUGCCAGUCACCAGUCCAGCUGCCGCAUUCUGGAUUCGUUGUAGUUUCUGACUCACCUUCAAAGGUAGCCCCACGUAGAGCGCAUUGCAGUAGUCCAAGAGCGUACCACUCUGGCGAGACAGUGCACAGGCAGGUAGGGUCUCAGCCGGCAUAGCAGGUGGAGCUAGUAGACAGCUGCCCUGGACACUUCUCUGUGUAUGUCAGUGUAUGUGUUUGGGUGUUGUAGAAGUAGCCCAAAACCACAGCAAAAGUAAAUAGCCAACUGGUGGCUGGCAACCUUUUGACUUAGCAAUGUAGAAUACACAGUAGGAACAAAGUAUGAACUAUACAGAGCAUAUCUAAAGCAAAAAUUAAAACUGCUUAACUAAUUUCAAUAUACAUGUCCUACAUGGGUAUCACAGACAUGUCCAAGUCCAUGAAGAAAUCAGGAAUAGCAACAGUACCCAAGGCUUCAGCUGUGAGAAGUAGUCGCUGUACUUACUUAUAAUGUCCUGUUGCUGCAAUCUGACCUCAAGUGAUGACACUUUCUGUAGUAGCAGCUUUGGGUGUCAUUUCAAUCAGGAAAUGAAUUAGGAUUAAAUGCCCCUCAGAGCUGCUUAGCUUAUGAGAUCAGGAGCAUCCCAUAACUGCUUUAAAACAAAGAGAAAAUAUUGGGCGGUCCAAUUUAGGUCUAAGAAUCAACAUGCUUGGACAUGGAAAACCACAUUAGUUGCUAAGCACAGUAUUGCAUGCUUGAAAAGCCAAAGUUCUGUUUCUGAUGAAAUUUGGGUAUUCAACAAAUUUAGAUAUUACUUUUAAGAGCGAGUUGAUCUUGGGAGAUCAUGUGAGGAUCAUGUAUCCUACCCAUUCUAUGUUUAUUUUGUUUUUCAUUUUUCCUUUUGUUGUUGUUCAUUUGCCAAUUACUAUUUAGAUUCAAUUUUGGCAUUUACUUAAAACUUCUAGCACUGAAUCUUGGAACAAUCCCAAUUGUCAUUUAAAUUCCAAAAAGAUCUGUGAACAUAAAAAUAUUUUCAUAUUCUUUUAUCUAUCUGUAGGAUGAAAUCGUAUAUUUGGAAGCUGAAAUUAAUGCGUUGAAAGAAGCGAUCAAUGGAAAGGAAAAUGCACUUAGAGAUGAAAGAAAUGUGCAUGCAAGGCUUCAAAAAGAAAUUCAGGUGAUUUUCAGUCAAUAGAUCAUCAUCAAUCUUUAUUACGGUCCAGAGACCCAACAAAUCAUUACAAAGCAAUACACAAUUCAUACAGCCUACCUCCAGGUUAAACAAGCAUUUUGUUCAGAAUAUAGGGAUCAUUUGUUCUUGCAACCACCGAUAAAAACUUUGCCACUGCUAAUGUUCUAGCAUUUGUCCGGUCUUCCAAUAGGAACCUGACAUAGUGAGCCUCUGAUUUUCCUGGGAAAGGUACCAGUAAGGGUAGUAUCAGUUCAGCCCUGGCUUGCUCAUAUUUUGCACAAUGCAACAAAAUAUGUUUUAUGGAAUCGAUGUCUUGAGCACACGAGCAAAGUCAAUAGAAUAGAAUAUGUCACCAGCUGUGUUGUGCUUCAUGUCUUCUAGAAAAAGAACUCUUAAUUCUAAAACUUAUACAUUUUUGAAAAAUCCCAGUAGUCUAGGAAUAUGAAUAAAAACAAAUCAGUAUUGCUGGGGUUCUCUCCCACCUCCAUUCCACAAACACAGAACAACAAAAGCUGGUAUUUUACUUUAUUGCAAUGUGGAAUAGUUAUGAUAUUCUGUUUAUUGUUAUUUAUUAUUUAUCACAUGAACCACUUGCUUGACAAUUUGUAUCAGUAGCGCAUGAUGAGCUGGAAAAAUAUUGCUAUGUUACAGAAUCAAAUGUUGGGUACCAGUAUUGUGAAUAUUUGGGUCUUCUUGACUCUCAACAUAGACCCUGGUGGUUGUGUCGUCUGUUUCACUGUGUACUAUAAACCAGCACAUAGAGGAGCUAAUUGAUCUUUGCGCAAAUGACUACAACAUAUUUAUUCCUAAAAUGGUACAUUGGUGAGUCAAACAAACAUUGUGUGUGGGUCCUCUCCACACUGGUUAUACAGUGGUACCUCGGGUUACAUACACUUCAGGUUACAUAUGCUUCAGGUUACAGACUCUGCUAACCCAGAAAUAGUACCUUGGGUUAAGAACUUUGCUUCAGGAUGAGAACAGAAAUCGUGCUCCGGUGGCGUGGUGGCAGCAGGAGGCCCCAUUAGCUAAAGUGGUGCUUCAAGUUAAGAACAGUUUCGGGUUAAGAACGGACCUCCAGAAUAAAUUAAGUUCUUAACCCGAGGUACCACUGUAUUGCUGUAACCUGCUCUGAGACCUUCUGGGGAAGGGCAGGAAAUAAUAAUAAUAGAUAACAUGAGCAAUGCAAAUGAGGGUUUAAUAACUGCAUGCAAAGAAAUUUUAAUGAAGCUCCAAAAAGUUGUGGUAGUUAUCUCAAGAUAUCUCUGUGAAGUCCAAAAGGAGUCUGCCUUGCCCACUUUGGUGUGAAGUUUUGGAGUAGUCUGCUAGCAAUAUGCUGACAAUACCCACUCUCUCUCUCUUCUGGCCUCAUGGUCUUUCUCUCUGCACAGUCAGAAUGACCAAUGGUCAGGGAUGAUGGAAGGGGCAGUAUUUAAUCCCAUACAUGUCAACUCAGAAAUAAAACCCACUGUGGGAGAGAACUGCAUCCUAAAAAACCUUUGUGACCUUAUAUCUGUUUGCUGUAUGUCUGUUGUGCUCAAGCAUUUCUCAGCUGUGUUUAUUCUUAUUGUUAACAGGUGCAGAAUAAAAGAUAUGAAGCUAUACUAAAGCGUUUGCAUUGUCAAGUGAACAAAUUUCAGUCCAGCAAAAGACAGCGGCGCUGUAACCUUCAGCAAAUGGAAGAAAAAGUAGCAGAACUAAGGAAUCUCCUUGAAGCAACUGAUUGA